CCCUCGGAACCCAAGCGCUGCGGUGGCGGUGCCCGGCCGGAAGGCUGCACAUCGACAUGGCGGCGGGCCGGGGCGGGUUGCAGCUCGGCGCUGCCUGGAAGGCGGUGCUGGGGAGAAGACCGGAAGGCAUCGUGCCCGCGCCAUGGGCUCGGCACAAGUUCACCAAAUCGAGAAUUCCCGAGUCGGUAUUUCAGCCACGGCCUGGAGAUCAUGAGAAGUAUGGAGGUGACCCCGAGCAGCCCCACAAAGUUCAUAUUGUUACUAGGAUCAAAAGUGUAAUCGGUCGCCCAUAUUGGGAGAAGAAGAUCAUACAUGAUCUUGGACUGGAUAAGGCGCAUCAACCAAGACUGCACAAAAAUAUCCCUUCUGUGAAUUCCAGACUGAAAGUUGUUAAACAUCUGAUAAGAAUACAGCCGUUGAAACUACCAUAUGGGUUGCCAACAGAAGAGGAAAUGGCAGACACCCUUCUUACGAGCAAGGGAGAGCUUAUCAUUAAACAGCGUCUGAAACCCGUGGAGCAGGAAGAAAUUAAGUCAUGAGGUCCCGUUCAGCAAUCUUUCUUGAAGCUUGAACUCCUGUAACGAAAACAAAAAGAUGUCUCAUCUCAGAAAGGAGGUAGACCUUGCCUAUAGGGUUAUGCAUUUUGAAAAUACAAAGGACUUGAAAUUAUUGUGCUUCUGUGGAAGAGAGCAAUCCAACUGAAGUGUAAGACUUACCACAGUAGUUUAAGCCCUCUGGUUUUGCAGUGUUGCAUGAAGCACCCGUGGUAUCGAUUCUGUUUACAUUGCCAUAGCAA